AUCGUUCGUUUUCGCCCGUAUUUUUUCCGCGUCGCGUCUCUCGUCAGCCUCGACGCCGGUGCCUACCGGAUUAAAUAAUAGAGGUUAGGUGCGCGCGCUCCGAUACGUCGCACCCGUCCGUGAGAUGCUCCCGCAACGAUCGAGCGUAAUAAAAUCGCGUCGGAAUAUUGAGUCGGGCUUUCUUGUCGUCGGACUUUCUCGUCUCGCGUUUCAGUAUCGUAAAAAAGUCGUGUGAAGCGAGUGUGACAAACUUCACGCUGAAAGAGACGAUCGGAACGGAUUAUUUUGGCAGAGGAGCUUGGAAGAAAUCAGCCGAGAUCUUCGCGAGAAAGUGGUUAGAUUAAAUACGGAAAAGCGUAAGAAGCGGCUGGCGAUCUUGCAGACGUAAACAAACCACAAAAAGCGCAAUUGAAAGAAAAAUCGGUGAAAGAUAUAGGAAAAUAUAUCUUCCACUCUACGCAACAUGUCCAUGAAAACAACGUAAGUCUUCCUAAUAUGCUAAGAUGGAGCAUAUUGUCCAAAUUGAUUGAGAUUAAGAUGUUGGGAAACUAAUUUCUGGAAACAUCUAAUAAUAAUGGCGGAAAACACUACAGAGGACACCAAACUCUCAGUGAAUAAAAACGAUAUGUCUGGGACUCCUCCAGCAAUUUCUGCAAUCAAUGAAGCAGCUUCCUCUGAUGGAGAGAAGGGUGAACUUGACAAAGCAUCUACUUCUAAAGAAGAUGCAGACGUAAGAAAUGAGACAGUUGUGACAGAUGCAGAUUUGCUUGAUAAAGAGAAACAAAAUACUUUUAAAACUGAUUGCAAUGGAGAUUCUAAGGAGGAAACAAAAUCCGGAAAUGUGUCUUCCGAGAAAAUUGAAGAAGUCAAAGAGAAUCUCGAAGAAUUUUCUUCUACAGAAGCAAGAUCUGAUAAUCAAGAAGUUAAGAAAUGUCACUCUAACGUAGACAAGAAACUGAAUGAAAUCUUAAAAGUCGUGCACGGAGAUUUGCAGAUGGAAAUGCUCCAGAAGAUUACUGGCAUCUCUACAAAAGACAACGACGAAGAGGGCAAUGAAAAAGAUCAGCAGACGGUAAAAAAGGAUGAAACUGCUCCGGAAGACAAUUCAGUGGAUAGCUCGAAGAAAUAUACUGCUUCCGCAACCUUAAAAAGUACAGAAGACGAAAGGGAUUCGAGAAGUUUCUCGAUGAGGGCAGAAGAGAAAUCGGAGAUAGGAAUUGUUGGUUCUCCGACCACGAUCAGCGAGCUUAUUAAUGAAGAAGAGCUUGGAGGCGACUCUGCAUUAUCCGUCGAUCAAAAGGAUCAUAUAGUAGAAUGGGUCGAGAAUUCGGUUAAGGUAAAUGCCGACGAGGAAAAUAACAUUGCUGAAGAAUGUCAACCAGAGAUGUACGAAAAGGAUACGAUGGAGACAAUGAAACGACAGAAGCUUAAUGAUAUCUAUGUCAUAUCAUCCAAAAAAUCGCAGAAGAUUGUCAGCAACAUCAUAAAGAAGAGCAUCAAGUGGAUGCCGCAGUGUGCCGUAUCAACGUGCCGCAAUAGCCAUCGUCGGACCCGCAAACAAUCGGUCCGCUAUCACCGAUUUCCGCACAAGCCAGAAGUGCGCGAGUUGUGGGUGCGCGCAUGCGGUCGCGAGCCCCUCGCCAACGGCGAGGCGCCCUUCAACAUCAACACGGCGCGCGUCUGCUCCCGCCACUUCCUCGUCGAGUUCUACGAGGACGAGAGCAGGGAACAGGUGAUGCAAGGUAAUCAGAAGCGGAACAGACUCCGGCUCGGGGCCGUGCCGAUGGUUGCCGUGCCGGUUCGCGUGGAACCGUGCUUCGAUCUGCUCAAUGAGAACGAGAAGAAGAGAUCCACGCAGGCGGCCCGUAUCAAGGUUCCCAAUCCGAAGCGCGUCCUCCUUCAGACGGAUGGACAGAAGGCGGCCAACCUGGACCAAAGUGACGAGGGACCACAGUGUAAGACGGAGGAAGGUGGCAAUAGUAGCGGCGAGACCAGCACUAACAGCGAUAGCAACACUAGCAAUAACAGUAAUAGCAGCAGUAACCAUUGUGUUAUAAACGAAGAAGAAGAAGAAGAAGAAGAAUCUGAAACGAAAGAAGGGAAAAAACUGAGGUUUCUUAAGAAGCUUGGUCUCAUUAACGUUGAGAUGUUAUCUUGUUUGAACAGGAUGCACGCGAUGGAGGGCGCGGCCGAAGGCAGGCGAAGGCAAGUGGACACCGCGGAGGAUGACAAAACGCCAAAGUCGUCAUCGUCGUCGGAGAUACCCCAGAGUCAACAGAACGGCGCCGCUCUUCCGGAAGAGACGGCCGCGGCGCCGGCGGCCACUGUGAGUCGCGUUCGCACCAAGAGGAAGGCGGAAUCGCCCGACACCGAGACGCCGGACACGAAGAGCAGACAAUUGCUGGCGGGUACGUCGCGACAGAAGGUGGCUGUUGCGAGUGGCAGCAACGUUACGCAACGUCACGCUAAAGUUGCGUCCGAGUCUGUCGAGAGCAAGAAACGGAAAUCCACCAACGGACAGCUGUCUGUGAAUCCCAGGAAAAAAUUUUGCAACGAGGACGAACGAGAAGAGUACAUCUCGCAAAUUGUCGGCAACGACAACGAGACAGUCAACGUACUUAUGGUGAAGGCUGAUCGGCUGCGAGCUGAUAUUGCGGCUCUCGAGAAUUUAGCGCAUGCCAAAGAAAUGGAAUGGAACGAGAUUCUGAGAAAGAGGAAGCUAAAGGAGGAGGCAUAUGCGAGGCUCGAAAGAAAGAUACAGAUGACAGCUUACAUGGAGAGCGACGGUCAACUACCGGAUCCCUUGCCGCUUGCUACAUCAUCUUUGGAGCCCGCCGAAUGGGACAACAGCGACAAUGCGAUUUCCGUAUCGAGAGAGAAAUCGUUCGAGUGUAAGGAGGAUCUAACCGGAGAAAGAUCUUUGGACUCAUUGAAAAGGGAGAAAGCUGCAAAGGUUAGCCCGCAGCAACGAAUAAUUCCCCCGAAAACCAAUGGGGAAAGCAAUCGUAAACGAAACCAAGCGUCGAGUCCAGAAAGUCGACAGAUCGGAGAAGGUCGUCAAGGUGCGAUAGUGGAUGUCAGAUCUAUUAUCGCUGAUCACAGGCUCAAGCAUCCAGAAACCGUACCAAGGAGAGGACGAAGGAUGAGGAAUUCAGUAAAUAUCGGGCUCGGAGCUGGCGGCGCCAUGGUCGAAACGGGACACAAUACUGACUCGAGACCAUCUAGCACAGAAUCGUGCAAAAGCAACCCGAGCACGAACGAUUCUAUGAACUACAAAGAUAUAUUAGUGCAAUUUGCCAAGAUGAGCCAACAAGGUGAAGGUACUGCAGCUAAGGUACCGCAGAAUUAUCCGGACGUGACGCUUCACCCUGUAGCGAUACCCUCAUCCGCGGCCCAGAAUACAGCAUCUCAACCGACUGGUUCGUUGCUUCAUGGGAUUCUAACGAAAGCGCAAUCGCCAAGAUCUACCACUUUUUCACCUACUUUAGCGAGAUUACUCACCGCGCCUGAAAGAGAAAGGAAUUCUCCGGCGGCAGCGGCAGCGGCGGCGGUGGCGUCUAUGUCGCAGCAGAGUGCCACAACCCAACACUUUUCGCAGACGUAUCAAGGCUCUAAUCUGGUUUCCAUAAACGAUAUCCUGUCUUCUUCCAAGGCUCGCACAGAGAUAACUAUAACCCCCGUCGUCAAUUCCUCUGCGCAAUCUCACUCCAACGAUUUAAUACAAGUGGAAGAUGUAGAGGAAGAAACAACGGUAAUCGAUGAUAGGAAAGGAAGUUCCACGAGCGGAAGGGACGGUAAACAAGUGGCAAAAGACAAUCCGCCUUCACCAAGCGCUCCACCAAAGUGUCAAGGAUGCAUGAUUCGUCCUGCACAAUUUGUUUGCGCUGGAUGCGGAAAUCAGUGGUAUUGCAGUCGUACAUGUCAGCUUGCCGCAUGGGCAACGCAUUCCGAGUAUUGUUCGGACUACCCGCUCGAGUCCGAGAACAGCAAGGUCAAGCCCAACGUUUAACACCCGACGUCCUUGCAGACUCGGUGUGUACAAUGGCAUCAAGCGAGAGAUAUUUGUAUAAUAUGAAUCUAGUCAAGAAAGAGAAAGCUCAAGGAUAUAUUGAGCGAGAUGCUUAAAGAAGAAAAAACGAGGGAUUUGAAGAAAGAUCAAUGAUGUUGAUCUAAUAUGGGAAAGAUUUUUGUCGAGGCGAACAGACGAUGUUGCCCUAUUGAAUAGAAAGAAGCAUUUAUUGACGCUUUAGAACCCCUCCUCUCCCUCUCAAAGAAAAUUCUAUCUUCUCCUCUUUACAGAGCAAAUUCGCAGUUUCUUACAUUUGUCGGAAUUUUAGAUAAACUAACUUCUCUUGAUGACCAAAAUUAAUGAAACAUUCGAUGCCAUUGGUUAUAAGUGUUAUAUAUAAUUUUUUAGAUUUUCUUAUACAUGGAUGUGUGUGUACAUAUAUACAGGAUGUCCCACCAAAAGUGGCCGCUUCUUUUUAUUUUUUUAACAUUUAAACUAAAAGAGAUUGACCAUAACAAAUAUAUAUCAAAUUAUUAUGGGUUAAACUGAACUCUAUUGUGACCAUAGCAAUUAUUUAUAAAAGCUAUCUGUGUUAAGAAACGGAGAGAUAUGCAUAAUUUUUUAUAACAGUGUGGAUAUUUCGACACAAAAAUUGUAGCUCUAUUUUUAUGAUGUAAGUGCGUUAGAGAUUGAUGUAUGUCAUAUUGUCAUUUGAUCAUAAUACUCGAAUCAAAAGUUGA